CAUUGAAGAAAAGAAUAUAUUUUGGUAAGAUACAUGACAACAAAAAUACUUUCCCUCCACUUUUUAAAAAGGCAACUUAUAUAACUACUUGUUGAAUUCUUUUUCUUGAUCUUAAGUAUCUCUUCCCCACAAUGAAGCCCAAAGAAUAUUCCUUUUUCUCUCUCUUUCUUCAAUUUGCUAAACAGCCCUCCAAAACAUUCCCAUUUGCAAAUGUUACACCCUCAAUUUUUUUGUUUCCUCCUAUAUAAAGAAUCCCAUAUUUCUUGUUCUAAAUCAAACCAAGCCCCACAAAACCUCGACUCGCAAACGAAAAAUACAAAAUAAUGUCUACUUCGUCGUCUGCAGCGAUGGAUACAAUGCCGGAUGCGUUGAGGCAGAGCCGAUACCAUAUGAAGAGAUGUUUCUCUAGGUUCGUCGGAAUGGGACGAAGGCUGAUGAAACCACAGCAUUUAAAGGAUGAGAUAGAGCAAACGAUCGAAGAUAAAGCUGAAAGAUCGAAGGUUCUAGAAGGUUCACUUGGUGACAUCUUGUGUUCAACACAGGAAGCAGCAGUUGUGCCACCUAAUGUAGCGUUUGCCAUAAGGCACAAUCCCGGGAUUUGGGACUAUGUCAAAGUCGAUUCCGAUACGCUUUCUGUGGAUUUAAUCUCGUCCAAGGAUUACUUGAAGUUCAAAGAGAUGAUCGUAGACGACAACUGGGCUAAGGAUGAAAAUGCACUGGAGAUAGAUUUUGGAGCAUUCGAUGCAGGCACGCCGAAACUAUCUCUACCGACUUCGAUAGGAAACGGGCUUGGCUACAUUUCAAAGUUCAUGACUUCGAUGCUUGGUGGGAAAACCGAGAGUGCAAAGCCUCUGGUUAAUUACCUUCUUACCCUUGAACGCAACGGAGAGAAACUUAUGAUCAACGAGGCUCUCAACACCGUUACGAAUCUUCAAGAAGCAUUGGUAAUCGCCGAAGUUUUCGUAUCUGCACUCCCAAAGGACACUCCUUACCAGAAUUUCGAGCAGAGGCUUAAAGAAUGGGGGUUCGAGAAGGGGUGGGGGGAAAAUGCAGAAAGAGUUCGACAAACAAUGAGGAUUCUUUCUGAGAUUCUUCAAGCACCGGACCCUAUAAACAUGGAAGCGUUUUUCAGUCGGCUUCCGGUUAUUUACAACGUUGUUAUCUUUUCUAUCCAUGGCUAUUUCGGACAAGCGGAUGUUCUUGGUUUGCCUGAUACUGGAGGACAGGUCGUUUACAUUCUUGAUCAAGUGAGAGCUUUGGAGGAAGAACUUUUGUCGAGAAUAAAGCAGCAAGGAUUGAACGUUAAGCCUCAGAUUCUUGUGGUGACUAGGCUAAUCCCGGAUGCGAAAGGGAACAAAUGCAAUCAAGAAAUGGAGCCUAUUGUUAAUACGAUGCAUUCACACAUACUGCGGGUCCCGUUUAAUACCAAGAAAGGAGUUCUUGGACCGUGGGUGUCGCGUUUCGAUAUCUACCCUUACUUGGAAAGGUUUUCUCAGGACGCCACAGCAAAGAUUCUCGAGAUAAUGGAACGUAAACCGGAUCUUAUAAUCGGAAACUACACCGACGGAAACUUGGUAGCUUCUUUAGUGGCUAACAAACUUGGAGUUACUCAGGGAACAAUUGCUCAUGCUUUGGAGAAAACCAAAUACGAAGACUCGGACGUAAAAUGGAGGGAUUUGGACUCGAAAUAUCACUUCUCGUGCCAGUUCACUGCUGAUAUGAUUGCAAUGAAUGCUGCCGAUUUCAUAAUCACCAGCACAUAUCAAGAAAUCGCGGGAAGCAAAAACCGAACCGGACAGUACGAAAGCCACGUGUCCUUCACAAUGCCAGGGCUUUAUAGGGUAGCUUCGUGCAUCGAUGUUUUCGAUCCGAAGUUCAAUAUUGCUUCCCCUGGAGCUGAUCAGUCCGUUUAUUUUCCGUCGACGGAAAAACAGAAACGGUUCGCCAAAUUUCAACCUGCCAUUGAGGAACUACUCUUUAGUAAGGAGGAAAAUCAAGAGCACAUAGGAUUUCUCGCGGACAGAAAGAAACCGAUAAUGUUUUCGAUGGCAAGGCUCGACACCGUAAAGAACAUCACUGGACUAACCGAGUGGUUCGGUAAGAACAAAAGGCUCAGAAAGCUAGCAAACCUCGUCAUUGUGGGAGGAUUCUUUGAUUUUACGAAAUCGAAGGACAGAGAAGAAAUUUCCGAAAUCAAGAAAAUGCAUUUCUUGAUUGAGAAAUACCAACUCAAGGGUCAGAUAAGAUGGAUAGCGGCUCAAACCGGCAGGUACAGAAACGGCGAGCUGUACCGGUGCAUCGCGGAUAGUAAGGGCGUUUUCGUCCAACCCGCAUUGUACGAAGCCUUCGGCCUAACUGUUAUCGAAGCUAUGAACUGUGGGCUGCCCACUUUUGCCACAAAUCAGGGCGGGCCCGCUGAGAUUAUAGUCGACGGUGUCUCGGGUUUUCAUAUAGAUCCUAAUAAUGGCGACGAAUCGAGCAAUAAGAUAGCUGAUUUCUUCGAGAAGUGCAAAGGGGAUAGUAGUUAUUGGGGUAGAGUGUCUCAAGGUGGCCUUAACCGCAUAAACGAAUGCUACACAUGGAAGAUAUAUGCAAACAAAGUUCUUGAUAUGGGUUCGGUUUACGGAUUUUGGAGACGGGUGAACAAAGAGAGGAAACAAGCGAAGCAACGGUACAUUGAUAUAUUAUACAACCUUCUAUUCAAGAAGAUGGCCAAGAAUUUAGCUGUCCCUAGUGAAGAAAGCCAACCACCGGUAACCCCAUCCAAGACUCGUGAAUCUCAACAACCGGAGGCAUCGGAGCGGCAAGAUUCAGACGACACACCUGCGCCAUUAGAAGAUCAAAAAGAUCCACUAGGCAGCUGCAACUGCAAAGAAUAUAUAGUUAGAGCAAAGGGAAUAUAA